AUGCGACCUUCAAUGCGCCUCCCUUUGCGGGAGGCAAACUUCAUCUGCUCCAGUUGCAGAAUUGGAGCCACCCCCCGUAUCUCGCCGCUCGGUCAAGUCCGCCGCUAUGCCUCCGAGGGGCCCGGAGUCCUCGAACGCGCCCGGCGCAAGAUUUGGGGAACCGACAACCCUCCCGGCCCAGCAGACCCCUACUCUGGAAGUCAGAUCAUGCCUGGAUCUAAUAUGAGUCCCGGAGAACCCAUUGCCGAAGAGACCAAGGCAGAUGAAGCAUUCAGUCUUCAAGAUGGUGAAGCACCAGCUAAAGCAGCUGAUGAGAGCCUCACCUGGGAGGGAAUGCCUAAGAUUGGUUACCUCAAGGAGAAAGAAUGGCGUAUUAAGGGAUCUAAUGGGGAAGUUGAUGAAGUCACACCAUGGUACCACAACCCAGAACCUGUCCCAUACAUGAAGGCCGCGCAUCAAGCUGCCGUGGAGAUUGGAUUGAUGCAAUUGUUGGGGAGAAAAGUCACCGUUGUUAGCCAACUCCACUCGCGAGAGAUCCAGGACCAACUCGACAUGGUCAAGAUCGGAGGUGACUCUGGUAACUGGGGCGACCGUCUCCGGUUCCCCGACAAUAAAACGAUGGAAUCCCUUCUACAAAAUGUAGCAGGGCCUGCGUACGGCGAGGAAAUGACCGAGGUCGCUUUCAAGAAGCAAUUGGAGAAGAUAACUGGCACAGCGGAAAAUCGCCUGUAUGACCCAGAGACCAAGGAUCAGAAGAAUGACCUCAAUACCCUGUCGCUGGCUGAUGGAAACAUCAAGUUUGCUUUCUUUGCCCGCCUCUCCAAAUUGACCUCUCAGCGCAUUUCCGACUCUAUCAUCUCUUCCACCACUACCGGAGAAGUUUUCACCGCACAGGAGGAACUUCGCAAAAAGACUGCCAGAUUGACGCCUGUGAUUCUCCAUGAGCUUAUGGACAAGAACGGUGCCGCUAAAUUGUCUAAUGUUAAGAUUUCCGACGUCCGCCAGACUCGCCACGACAACGAUGAAGAUCUUGGCCGCAAGAAGGUUAUUGUUUCUGCCCUCUACAAGGGUGGUUUGAUCAGCAAAGCCCUGGGCCAGAAAAAGCUCCCGCCUUGGAAGCAGGCUAAGAAGACCAAGGUGAAUGUCUAG